AUGGCACCUCCGAGCGGGUCGGCGGCGUACAAGAAGAAAGAUGGGACCCUGGCGAUGUCGUCCGACCGCCAGUCGGUCUCUUGGAUUCCGGCAGCGAGCGGCGCGUCCGGGUCUAUUACGCUCUCUGUGUCUCAAAUCACUAAUUUACAGCAGACACCCGCUAGCAGCCCAAAAGUUAUGCUGAAGAUUUUUGUCCUUCCCCCGAACGGAGCCUCCGCGAACCCCGAACAAUACAUCUUUUCGUUUACCGCGGGCGCGACGGCGCGAGCAGAAGCGGAUGCUAUUAAAGAUGCUCUCAGCGCAGCGAUCCAAGCAGCGAAAUCUACUGCUGAAACUCCGGCGGAGACUCCAGCCGCAUCGACAGGUGAGGGAGGAGGAGGAGGAGCAGGAGCGAUGUCGGCGGCCAUGGCGAUGGCAAGCGCGGUUUCGUCCCCAGGCACAGGGAAGCACUGGUGGGAUGAUGAUAAGCGGCUUAGGACCGAUGUGGAGCUACAGCAGUCGCUACUGAAGGCGGACGCGAACCUACAAAAGAUGUUUAUGGAGUCACUGCAUACAAAACCGGAGACAUUGUCGGCUAGCCAGUUCAUGUCGCUGUUCUGGUCUACGCGGCUGCACCUCUUGCGGGCGCAUGCUAUUGAGCGAUCCCAGACUAGAGGAUCUUAUAAUGUGUUGUCGACGCUGAAGCCGCGGACGGAAGAUAAUGUGACGAAGCUGAAUAUCAGCAAGGAGCAAAUCCAAUUGAUUUUCGGCCAGCAUCCGCUCGUGAAACGGGUGUAUGAUGAGAAUGUGCCGAAGCUGAGUGAAUCGCAGUUCUGGUCGCGGUUUUUCCAGAGUCGACUGUUUAAGAAGCUGCGUGGAGAACGUAUCUCAGAAGCUGAUGCGAUGGAUGCUGUUCUGGACAAGUACCUGAAAGCAGAUGAGUCUGGAAAUCUCCCGCGUGAGGUUCAGGUGCCGAAUUUCCUUGACUUGGAAGGAAACGAAGGGAACAACAGUCAGCGUCGGGGAAAUCGACCAGAUAUCGACAUGAGACCGUCAGCUGUAGAGAAAGUGCCAAUUAUUCGAACACUGAACAACCUGAGUGAGAAGAUCAUGGCGAACGUCGCGCCUGCGGAUCGAGCACCCUCAGCGCCCGUGGGCACCAUGGAUGACGGGACAUACGAUGAACUGCAGCUGCGCGAUUUGCGCGGCGACGAGCAGGCAAAUCGCGUUUUACUAAACAUACGGGACCAAAACCGAUUCUUCUCAGCGGCCAAAUUCGCCGAGGAUGAACGCAGCCGUCUUCUUGCACAGCAAGAUCCAGAGCAGAUAUUACAGAAUCUGCGCACCGCCAUUGAGCGGAAUUUCCGCGACGACGGGGCAGCGCCAUUAGGCAAAUUGGUUGACCCCGAUGAGGAUGAAGAUGAUGAGGAUUUAACAACUAGCUCGAGGCACCAGCGGCAUCUCGCAUCUACACAGAUUCUUGACAUGAUCAAGGACCGACGUGCCCAGCUCCAGGUUUCGGCGAACUCAGGCACCUACGGACUGACAGAUACACUAUACGAUCGUUUAACGCUUACACACGCAACGACCACGGAAUUCCUCCAUCAAUUCUGGCAGGCAUUCCUUUCGGGAAAUCCAGACCGUGCAGGCGAGGUAUCGUCGCUGGUGGAGUCACUCAACCGCGCCAUCGAACGAAUCAACGCCGUUGCGACGGAUGCAGAGGCAGAGCGCCAGGUGGAGGUGGAUAAGGUGAAGCGGCAUGCCCGCGAAGUGCUGCAGGCGACAGGGAAAAGGCUACGAAUUAACCUAGAGAGUAUCCCAGGCGGAGAGCAAGCAGUGAGGCGCUUAUUAGGGCCGACGAUCCGGGCAUUGGAAACGGCCUUGACGCGGUAUAAAGAAGCCUUGGCUGAAGAGACGAAGAAUAUAGACUCGAGCAAUACGUAA